AGCCCUUGUUUGGCACCUAAACACUUUUUUCCGCUUGCUCACACUCACUGUAAGGUAAACGAGUUUUUGUAUACGACGCGAAGGCGAGUUAACCAGUCGAUCGACAUCCACUGACCGAGUCGCAUUAGAUAAUACCGCGCUUAACGCCACAUAUAUUACUAGCAACAUGAAGACCGCACCUGUGUUCCUCGUCGUGCUGUUGUCCAUCAUUUGUGUCGUCCAUUGUAAGGACCUGAUUGUGGGCUCCAGUUUCAACAACAGACUCAUACAUCAAGAAAAGGCCGAGUACAAUGCCAUCCCACUCAAGAAGCGAGUUAAAGAAGUAUUUUUCUCUGAUCCUGGACAACAGAUUAUCAAGGGUAUAAUCCUACGAGACUUGGACCACACUGAGGCCAUUCCCAGUGUCACAGCUGGAGGUGUGGGCUUUUCUUACGCUAACAUCAGGCUGAAGAGCGAGCGAGGAUCCGGACUCAACUACCAGAUCGAAAUCUACGUAUAAACCGCUGAUAACAUCUUCUACUUACUUUUUCUGUGAAACUACGAACUGUUAUUUCUUUCUCAGUAACAUAAUUAUGAUUUCCAUAUACUUUACUUGUUUUCUUAGGAAAAACGGAAAGACACUACCUCUGAAGUGUUUCUUACCGUUGUGGAAGUCAGCCAAUAUAUGUCAAUUAUAAUAAGUAUUUAGGUUAGUUCAAUAGAAACCUGAACAACUAGAAAAAAAGAUAUUAGCUGAGCUCUUAAUUGGGCAGAGUGAAUACUUAACUGUAACAUAUUUGUAAUCACGAAUUCUUAUAGCACUACAUAUCACAAUACCUACAUAAUAAUGUAAGCAGUAUCCUCGUAAAAUUAUGUUAUUAUACUACUUGUUUAUAUAAUAAAGAUAAUAAUUUAAUGAUACCUA